UCUCCCAAGAUGGCGGCUCCUCCGGGCGAGUACUUCAGCGUCGGGAGCCAGGUGUCGUGCCGGACGUGCCAGGAGCAGCGGCUGCAGGGCGAGGUGGUCGCCUUCGACUACCAGUCCAAAAUGCUGGCUUUAAAAUGUCCCUCAUCCAGUGGAAAGCCCAACCACGCAGACAUCUUGCUCAUAAACUUACAGUAUGUUUCAGAAGUGGAAAUUAUUAAUGACCGAACAGAAACCCCUCCUCCCCUAGCUUCACUCAAUCUUAGUAAGCUUGCCAGCAAAGCACGAACAGAGAAGGAGGAGAAGCUGAGCCAGGCCUAUGCAAUCAGCGCUGGGGUCUCCCUAGAGGGCCAGCAGCUCUUCCAGACCAUUCACAAAACCAUUAAAGACUGUAAAUGGCAAGAAAAAAACAUCGUAGUCAUGGAAGAAGUUGUUAUUACACCCCCGUAUCAAGUGGAAAACUGUAAAGGCAAAGAGGGGAGUGCACUGAGCCAUGUACGGAAAAUAGUUGAAAAACAUUUUAGAGACGUGGAAAGCCAAAAGAUACUGCAGCGUUCACAAGCCCAGCAACCACAGAAGGAGGCUGCCCUGUCAUCCUGAGUCCACACACACGGACACUCUUCCAGCGUCCAGCCACAGAGGCGGCGGUGGUGGCUUCGGCGGAGGCAGGCCGGGGGAGGGAAGGGAUCCUAUAUUUCUUGUUGGCUCUUGUUAACAGAGGGCCAGCAUUUCCAAAUCUUAGACUUGAACAAACAAAACACCCAACAAAAAAGAACAAGAGAAUAAUUUAAA